AUGCCGUCAAUCAAUGUGAAAUGGCAGAAAGAAAAGUAUACAAUUGAUGUGGAUACAACUCAACCACCAUUGGUUUUCAAAGCACAACUCUACGCUUUGACUCAAGUUGUGCCAGAACGUCAAAAAGUCUUGAUUACUGGCAAACAAUUGCCCGAUGAUUCGUGGGAUGGUUUCACUAUCAAAGAUAAUAUGAUGAUUAUGAUGAUGGGAACUGUUGGCGAGAUUCCAAAAGCUCCAGAACUCAUAGCUUCAGCAAACGGCUCGACAAUUGCACCAAAUGCAGAAGAGAUGAAUGCACUUUACCCAGUUGGAAUGGUCAAUUUGGGAAAUACUUGCUAUUUCAAUUCUUGCAUUCAAAUGUUGAAAGAGUUCAAUGAAUUGAAAUUGGAUGCGGAAAAUGUGCGAAAAAUCGAAAAUGGUCCACAGAAGUUGGCUGGAUGUGUGAGCGAUUUGAUCAAGCGAUUGAGAGAUCGUGAAUAUGCCAUCAAGAAUAAGGGAAAUGCUGUGCAAGCGAUUAAUGCGGUUUUGAAUUUAUCGCAAAGUUUUCCACAAUUUGAACAGUUUAAACAACAGGAUGCUAAUGAAUGUUAUGUUGCUUUGCUCAACACAUUGAUUAGAGCCUAUAAGAAUGCAGGUAGGUUUUCAACAAAGUUUCCCCACGUGGAAUGUGGUCACAAUCCCCUUAUUUUUCCAGGAAUCGAUAUUUCUCCAUACUUCACUGUUGAAACAAUCACCAAAGCAAAAUGUAUCGAAACUGAAGGAGAAGAAGAAUUGAAAACUGACUCGCACAAUCAAUUAACCUGUUAUAUCAAUCAAGAUGUUCGUUUUAUUCAAACUGGAAUCAAGGCUGGAUUUAGUGAGGAAAUGGAGAGAAACAGUGAAAAAUUGGGGCGAAAUGCGAAAUGGCAAAAACACACGGAAAUUUCUAGACUUCCCAAAUACCUUACAGUCAACAUGAAUCGGUUUUACUUCAAAGAAUCGUCAAAAACCAACGCGAAAAUCUUGAAAUCCGUGCAAUUUCCGAUCAGUUUAGAUGUUUAUGAUAUGUGCACACAAGAGCUCAAAGAUAAAUUGACGACGAGAAGAGCUGACAUCAAAUUGGAGGAGGAUUCGAAGUUGGAAAGAGAGUUGCGCAAGAAAAUGUUGGAUAAAGAACAGGCGGAGAAGAUUUUUGAUGAUGGAGUUGCGUUGAGUGGAGAAUUUGAGAAUGAUUUUGGCUCGAAUAAUUCGGGAUUUUAUGAGUUGAGAGUGAGUUUUUUAAUUGAUCGAAAUCUGGACAUUUUCAGCCAAAAAAUACCCAAAUUUCAGCUUUUUUUUGCACAAAAAGCACCUUUUCCAGGGAAUCAUCACUCACAAGGGAAGAUCUUCAAAUGACGGACAUUAUGUUGCCUGGAUUCGAUCAACUGACGACGGAAAAUGGCGACUUUUUGAUGAUGAUCAUGUGACAAUUGUUGACGAGGAAGCUGUGAGUUUUUCUGGCUGAAAAAUGGGAUUUUUUGGUGGAAAAAUCAUGAAAAUUCGAUAAUUUUGAGCUUUAAUCCAAGAAAUUCAAGAGAAAAACAAAAAUGGCUUCUCUUCUUUCUUCAUUUUUCUUCUAAAAAAUAUUUUUUCCAAGUUUUCUCAAGCGAAAAAUUGAAUUUUUCUGUGUUCAAAAAAUUGUCGAAUUUUUUAUUCUUAUCAACAAAAAAAAUUGACUGUUUCAAAAAUUUCGUUUAAUUUUUUCUGGUUUUGCGCGAAGGUCUUCGAGUCUUACCAUCGCACAUAAAGUCCACGUGGCAAAAAAGCCCCCAACUUUUUUUGAAACCAAAUUAACAUUAUUUUUUACCUCGACAAAUUAUCGUUGAAAGAUCACCUCUUAUCACUAGAGAAUAGAGAAUUACGUGAUUUUUUGGAAAAUUUUGAAAUUUUUCCGGGUAAAGUUGAAGAUAUAGAGGAGAAUUGUGCCUAAAACAUUUACAUCUUUAAAUUUCCACUAAAUUUGAAUGAAAUAUAUGUUUUCUAGUAGUUUUUGAUUCGCUGAUCACUACUAUUCCGUUUAAAAUUGCAGAACUCAUUUCCUGAUAUGAGUUAUGACGUGGCAAAAUUCGAAAUUUCACUACUUUAGAAGGUCAUAACUAAAUAUAACUUAACCUCCCGAAGUAGCGGAAUUUCGCCACGUCAUAACACAUAUUAGGAGUUGAGUUCUGCAAUUUUAAACGGAAUAGUAGUGAUAAGCAGGUCGGAAACUACUAGAAAACAUAUAUUUCAUUGAAAUUUAGUGGAAAUUUAAAGACGUAUGUGAUUUGAGGUGUUUUAGGCACAAUUUUCCUCUAAAUCUUCAACUUUACCCGGAAAAAUUUCAAAAUUUUCCAAAAAAUCACGUAAUUCUCUAUUCUCUAGUGAUAAGAGGUGAUCUUUCAACGAUAAUUUGUCGAGGUAAAAAAUAAUGUUAAUUUGGUUUCAAAAAAAGUUGGGGGCUUUUUUGCCACGUGGACUUUAUGUGCGAUGGUAAGACUCGAAGACCUUCGCGCAAAACCAGAAAAAAUUAAACGAAAUUUUUGAAACAGUCAAUUUUUUACUAUUUUUUUCUAUUCACAGAAGUCUUCAAAUUUCCACCAAAAACUCCCAAAUUUUUUGCAGAUUCUUAAAACCGCCGGUGGUGGUGAUUGGCACAGUGCCUACGUGAUGGUCUACGAAUCGCGAGUCAUCAAAAAAUACCCACAACUUCCACCAGCACCAACAUCUGCUGAAGUUGCGGCUUCGGAACCAAUGGAAAUUUCAUCGUCGAAUCAUUGA